CGCCAGUGUGACCGUAUUAAUCCAAACAGACCUGCAGCAAUUGUUGCGCCGUUUCCACACGUGCAAUAUUUUGAAAAUAUGCGCAAUUUGAAGCUGCAAUUCUGCAAUGAGCUGCAGACGAAAGUGCCCCAGCCCCGGCAGAUGCUACAGGGGCCGGAAGUCAGGCUGGAGGGUACGGAAACCACCUACAUCGUCACCGACAGCAAUGUGUACGCCGUGCAGGGGACCGGCAGUCCCCCAGCGAAGGUUAUCGCAGAUCUGCCCGACAUCGUGGCAGCCGAGUUCCUGCAGCUCAACAAUGUAAUCUGUGUGGCCACGCGAGCAGGCGAGGUGCUACUCAUCGAUCCGGAUACACUGGCCACCAGCGAAGGCACCUACUGCGACGUGGGGAUCGAGCGGAUGGCAUGGUCGCCCAGCCAAGAGGUGGUGGCUUUUAUAACCACCUCCCACAAUGUGGUGGUCAUGAACUCCACCUUCGAUGUGAUCGCCGAACAGCCGCUGGAGGCGGAACUGCCCGCCGACCAGCAGUUCAUCAACGUGGGAUGGGGCAAGAAGGAGACACAGUUCCAUGGCUCCGCUGGGAAGCAGGCUGCCAAGCAGUCGACGGAUCAGACAGCUCAGAUGACGCAGGAGCUGCUCAGUCAGGAUGUGAACAUUGCCUGGCGCGGGGAUGGCGCCUACUUUGUGGUGUCCUAUGAGUCUGGAGGCGGACGCACCUUCAAGGUGUACGACAGUGAGGGUAAGCUCCAGCACACGGCCGAAAAGAGCAGCAAUCUGAGGGAGAUACUCGCGUGGCGUCCAUCGGGCAACUGGAUUGCUCUGCCCCAGUGGUUCCCCAACAAGUCGACGAUCUCCCUGUUCGAGAAGAACGGCCUGCGGCAUCGGGAGCUCGUCCUGCCCUUCGACCUGCAGGAGGAGCCCAUACUGCAGCUCAAGUGGAGCGAGGACUCGGACAUACUGGCCAUCCGCACGGCGAAGGAGAAGGAGCAGCAGCAGAGGGUGUAUCUGUACACGAUAGGAAACUAUCAUUGGUACCUCAAGCAGGUCCUUGUCUAUGCAGACACCGAUCCAGUGGCCGUCGUCCACUGGGACACUCGCAUGGGUGCGGAACAGACGCUGCAUGUCCUCCUGGAGAGCGGCAAACAGCUCGCCUACUGCUGGGCCUUCGAGGUGGAGCCCUAUGCCCGGCACGGCAUUGUCGGUGUGAUCGAUGGGAAGCGGCUGCUCCUCACAGACUUUGCACGGGCAGUGGUGCCUCCACCCAUGUCCCAGCGGGUGCUCCAGCUGGACGAAUACAUCAAUGCCAUUGCCUGGGACGAUCAGCAGCUGUGUGUGUACACCUGCGACCGGAGGUUCCACUUCUACGAGCUCAAGGAUCGCCUGCAGAAACAGCCAGAACCCACCAGCGGUUCCAUUAAACUUCCGCCUCUCCACGGGGUGCAGCUACUGGAGCUGGCAAACUUUAUAUACUUCUCCAGAGAUGCCCAACUGCUGGCCACAACAAGCGCUCUGGGAAUCACCCGCCUUCUGUGGCUCCAGAAGAGCGAGAACGAGGGCUGCCACUGGAUCGAUGCAUUGACGAUCGAUGGUCUGGUGAAUGCGCUUUCGAGGGCCACCCACAACUGCAGGCAUAUCUAUGCCCACACGCUGGACAGCGGAAAGACCUACGAUGUCAGUCUCGCAUCGGACAACGCUUUAGCUAUGGAACAGGUUUCGGCCAAACAGUUUGAGCCGUCCCUCGAAAGGGGACUGGUGACCCUGCGUCGUCAGAAUCUGCUGCAACUGGGGCGGAGUGGCGAGCCCAUUGCCGAGGAUGUCACUUCGUUCCUCUUUAUUGGCACCUAUCUGGCCUACACCCAAAUGAACACUCUCCACUUUGUGGACGCCGACAAUCGUCAGCAUUUGGCCUCGCGGAAUAUCGAAAGGGGCGCCAAACUGGUCACAGUCAUUGACGAGGAGGCGCGAGUGGUGCUCCAGCUGCCGCGUGGCAACUUGGAAGCCAUUUAUCCGCGAUUACUGGUCCUGGAUCACGUGAGAGUCCUGCUGAACGCGCUAACGCGGCGGGACAGGUAUUUGGAGGCCAUGAAGCUGCUGCGGAAGAAUCGUAUCAAUCUGAACAUUAUCUGCGACACGAAUGUGGCGAUGUUUGUGGAUCACGUGGAUGACUUUUUGCGCAAGAUCCAGGAGACCCAGUGGCUGUGUCUUUUCAUCAGUGAGCUGCAGAACGAGGACACCACCGCCAUGUACCCGAGGAGGGCCAAUGAGAGCCCACAGCGCCUGCCGCGUGGCUUCAAGUUUGAGGAGAAGGUCUCGUACAUCUGUGCCCUGUUCCUCAGUCGCAUGACGGAGACGGCCAAGGACCGCACUCGCUUCCGCCUGCCCCUGAUCACGGUGUUUGUGCGACUCGGAGAUGUGAACUCGGCCCUGAAGCUCAUUCGAGAUUUGGGGGAUCCGGCGCAGGAGGAUCAGUUGUUGAAGUACCUGAUGUAUCUCGUGGACAUCAACGAGCUGUACAACGUGGCUCUCGGAAGCUAUAACCUCGAAACGGCCCUGUUUGUGGCCCAGAAAUCGCAAAAGGAUCCCAAGGAGUUCCUGCAGUAUCUGAACGAACUGAAGGCCCUGCCCGAGGACUACAGGAAGUUCCGGAUCGACGAUAAUCUCAAGCGCUACUCGUCAGCGGUGCAGCAUCUCGCUCGCUGCGGGGAGGAGCACCACGACGAGGCCAUGGAGUUUAUACGGAAGCAUAGCCUCUACACUGUCGCAUUGUCCUCGUACAAGGCUCAUCCGGAGUUCCACCGUCGGUUGUGCGUGGCCUAUGCGGAUCAUCUGAGGGCCAGUGCAAAGCUGGAGAAUGCCAGCCUCAUGUACGAGCGUGGAGGGGAGCUGCAGCAGGCGCUGCUCAGCGCCCGACACACCCUCGACUGGCAAAGGGUUAUGGUGCUGGCCAAGGCCCUGGGGGAUCAGUCUCUCGAUCAGGUGGCUCUGUCGCUGGUGGGGCCGCUGCAGCAGCAGGGCAGGCACCUGGAGGCGGCCGAGUUGGUCAAGGAGCAUGUCCAGGAUAAGGAGAAGCACUUGGAGGUGCUGCUAGAAGGACAUCUCUAUGGAAAGGCCAUCUACGAGGCGGGUCUGCAGGGGGGAAACGUUUUGGAUGAGAAGGUAGCCCCCGCUUUGGUGGCCCAUGCGGGACAGAUGCAUGGCUCCCUGAAGUCGGAUCUGCAGCUCUUUCUGGAAUACAAGCAGCGGCUCCUGGACAUACGACAGCGCCGGGCGAGUGGUGCGGAGAUGGAAGGUGAUGGCGACGUGGACAUUGACGAGGUGGAUCUGCUCUCCGAUACGACGAGUAUGCACUCCUCCCGCUACAGCGGCACAUCCCGCGGCACAGGCAAGACAUUCCGCUCGAGCAAAAAUCGACGCAAGCACGAACGCAAGUUGCUCAGCCUAAAGCCGGGCAACCCCUUCGAAGACAUUGCGCUCAUCGAUGCGCUGCACCAGCACGUCACGAAGAUCGGCCAGCAGCAGCAGGUUGUGCGUGACACAUGCAAAGCACUGCUGCAGCUGGGCGGGGGCGAGGACACACUGGCGAAUGCACUGCAGCGUGAAUUCAAUACGCUGCUGAAGACAGUGGAGUCGGCCCUGGACGAGAUUUGGAUACCCGAACUGGUGGGCGGCGGCGCCAGCGGAUCACUGGCGCAGCAUCUGACCGGCCCGAAUGUGGACUACAUGGCCCUGCAGAAGGAGCAGCGCUAUGCUUUGAUAAGUCCCGUGAAGCGCUUCAAGCCGCAGCUAAAUGCCGUCGACUGGCAGCACGAGAUUCUCCAAUGAGCCAAUCGAUUUGCGUGCUGGAGGAUGGCCGCUUUUCCAUUUACUUUCACUCUGUGCUGGAAUUAAAUGUUGCAUUACAUUUCGCAUUGCUAAUUGAAACGAAA